UGACCGUCCAUUUUUUGCCUUCUGGAUUUUAGGCUAGCCCACUUCUUUCUGGCAGGAUAGACUGUUAACUCAGUUCAAUUUCUCUCGUGAUCACUCAUUUUUUUUCUUUUGUAAAAAUUGAACAGGGAACAAAAGUGAUUCCCCAAAUUACAGACAUAACCAAAAAAACUUCAGAAAAUGUUACGACACGUGGUAUAGGUUUAUGUAACAAUUUGGAAUUCCUAUAAAACCUAUAUGUUUUCAUUUGUCUUAAUUAAACUUAGUCCAGUUGUUCCCGGCUCUCCAGAAUGCCUUUGAUAACCUCUUAGUUUUGUUUUUCUAUGCAGAUGGGCAGAUUUCUUAAAAUAGGCUGCAAUCUGUUUAUUUGUAUUUUCAUUUUUAAAUGGUGGAGGCCAUUCCUUGUUUCUCAGUAUGCUCUCAGUUUCUCGCAUUAAAACUAUUUUUAAGUCAAAAAAUCAAGGGAGAGAACUUUGUGAGUUCUAAAGGGAUCUGAUAACAGCUGUUCAGAUUAACACAUUUUAGGCAUCUGAUGAAGUGAGCAGUGGCUCACAAGACCUUAAUGCCUUUUAAUAACUUGUUAAUCUGAAAAAUUACCCACACUCCUGAUUCUUGGUUAUCAUAAACUAACCCAAGCUUUCUUGCAAUGCGUAACGAAGGAGUAAGCAACUGGGUUUGAGCUGAAGGCAAGAUUCUCUGGGUUGUAACCCUCUGCUAUAGGGUCCUAUUAAGACAAAAUUUGUCAAAUUCAUACAUUCAUUUGUGUAUUUAUUUUAUGCUUGUGCACUUUGUCACAAGUUAUUUAUUUCCCUGAACGGUUGCAACUCUACAUUCUGUCUUGGCUGCUCCUUUGAAGACCAAACUUCUUUAUAAACAAAUAGUCCAUAACAGUGCGCAGUGAUGCAGAUUAGUGUGGGUAAAAUCGCAUUUGCCUUUUGUUUUAAUCCACCAACUCCCCAACUGCAAGGUGCCAUGUUCUAUGAAGUUUUGUAACUCUGCCAUAUAUAACGGUAUUUCCAUUAGGAACAACUGAUCUGUCACACUGGGAGCGAAUUUUUUCCUCCUUAAUAUUAUAUCCUCUUUUUCAACUUGAGUUGCCUUCUGUUUCCACUGACAGAAGUCAGUGAAACAAAACUGUUUCCACUAGUUUUGCAGUCGGCACACACUAACUGUGCCAAAAAGGCAUCACACUUUUUAAAAAGUAUUUUUAAUGAGAAGCAGAUUGCUUCCUGUAGGAGAAUUAGCAAUCGGAUUAACAGAGUUGGAAGGGACCUUGUAGGUCGUCUAGUCGAAGCCCCCGCCCAAGCUGGAGACCCUAUAAGUCCUUUUUUGAAGAGAUCUGUUUUUUCAGGAGUAGAUCAAAAUGUCAAGAGGUCUUUCUGUACCUAGAUUGCAGUUCUAUAAAGUAAGAAAUUCCCAAAAUCAAAAAUUGUUCAUUAUUAGUGGAGAUGUAGGAUCUCCUGCGCUUCAGUUAAAAAAUUACCGAUCUCUUGUUUUAAACUUUACAUAGGUCUACUAUAACCUCUUGCCUGCCAUCAAAUAAUUGGUAUGUGCUCCACUUAUUAUGGCUAUGAUAGCACUGUCCCUUCUUUCUAGCUCUCGGUCACCAAAAAUAAAACAAUUUUAAAAGUAUGGCUCCAUUAGCAGUGAAAAAUUGUUGUGCUGCUGUUUCUCAGCCUUCUUACUUUAUUCUUAUUUUGAUAGCCGUCACGAUGAGCAAAUGAUAGCUGGUGGUGGCUUCAUUUAUUGGAAAAUAUUAAACCAGAGUUGUAAUAUUUUGGGAUAUAUAUAUAGAAACACAUAUGCUUGCAGACACCCACUCACACCAGGCUUUAUCGGAAUUUUUCUCAUAAAGUACCGUUUCCCUGAAAAUAAGAUAUCCCCUGAUAAUUGGGCUUUUGAGCGCAUGCGCUAAAAUAAGCCUCCCCCCCACCGAAAAUAAGCCCUCCCUGAAAAUAUUUAAAUGCAUGCUCAGCCAGUCCCGGCCAUUUCCUCUGGUUUCCUCCAUGUGCCCCAAAAUAAUAAGACCUCCCUGAAAAUAAGGCCAAGCGCUUAUUUUGGGGUUCAAAAAAAUAUAAGACAGGUUCUUAUUUUUGGUUAAACACGGUACAUGAAUUUAAUGUAAAAAGUUCUGAUCUAUCAAAAAUUGUUCAUUAUUAGUGGAGACGUAGGAUCUCCUGCGCUUCAGUUAAAAACCACUUGUUGGCAGAAUGUCAAAAACUCCCCUUCCCAGAUAUCUCCACCAUUCACAUUAAGGCCCAAUAUUAUUAUUUUGGAGAUCUAGAACAGAAAUUGGAUUACAAUUUUGGUUCUGAAGGAAUAACAAUUACCUUUUUUUCUGAUCAUUUGUGAAACUGAAAACACUAGAGCAGUGAAACAGAAUUAGUACAUGGUCUCUCUGGCAGUCAAUGCAUAGAUUUAGUCAGUCUAUGGGCGUGAAUCUUUGAGUCAGUUGUCAGGGUUCCAAGUAAUAAAUCCAUAGCAAGCAAGACUCCGAGGCAUGUAGAUUCCUCAAAGAAUACGUUUAUUUGGAAUAUCAUAUUGGCACAUAUCUGGUGAAAACCGACUCUAAGGUCUCCCACGGUUUUCACAUAAUUAAAAGUAAAAGUUUUUCCACUUUUCAAAACAAUCAAGUCACAUGGUCCAAUCACAGAACGGGCUGGCAGCCAGGUGGCAUCAUUCCACCUUCUGACCAGAUGUGAGAAUGUCCUUGGUUCCCAAGAGAAAAUAUGUUGUUUUGGCUAGAUGUUCCCCCUCUGUCUCAAUUCCCCCCUCCCUGACCCUCAGCUCCAGUGUGGCAACACUGAAGUGGUCAAAAAUGGCUUCAGUCAGGUCAGCUUCAGGGUUGACAUCAGUAUUGACUCCCGAAGAUUGCCUGGAGAAGGACUUAGCAAGAUUUUGGAUUUAUACACUGCCCAUCUCACUAUCUGACUCUGAGCAAUUUACAGAUAAAAGCCAUAAAUAUAUAUUAAAAAGAUACAGUUAAAAAAGGCAGAGGGAGCACCCUCAACCUACCAACCAUCUCCAAAGUUGCAUAUCAUUCGUAGAUCCCCAAGCCUGUGUGAAGUCAGGUCUUUACGUUUUCUGGAAGGCCAGAAGAGUGGGGAGCAGCCUCAAUUCUGAGGACAACGUGUUGUAUAGGGCAGGGUUAAUGGCAGAGAAAACUCCCUUGCCAUUUGUCCUUGCUUCCUUCUUCCAAGGGCCAAGAGAUGUGACUGGUCCAAAGUCAUCCAGAUGGCUUCGUGCCUAGGACAGAACUAGAAAUCAUGAUUUUCCGGUUUCUAGUUUGAGGUUACACUUGGAUCUUUUACAUGCAAAUAAUUGAAUACAUCAACAAUCAAUGGCUUAGUAAGUUUAUCAACAGCAUCUUCUCACUUUAUUCCAUGCUGAAAUAGUUUUUUUCUCCAUUCCUUUUUCUCCCUUGAAAUAGCACUUAGCACUUAUAUACCGUUUCACAGUGCUUUACAGCCCGCUCUAAGCGGUUUACAGAGUCAGCAUAUGGCCCCUAACAAUUUGGGUCCUCAUUUUACCCACCUCGGAAGGAUGGAAGGCUGAGUCAACCUUGAGCCGGCUGGAACUACAGUAAGACCAAGCUAUGGGCCAAGUGGAGCUGAUUUGGGGUGCCUUCUCCUUGAUGAUUCUGGGGGCCCUUAUCAGCAUGUGCAUGAAAUGUCAACAAACUGGGAGUAAACAGGAGAAGGCAAAUGUGGACAACCAGAGAACUCAGUGGGAAGACCGACAGGGUUGUGAUCAAGGUCCCUAUUUAAGUUCCGUGUCAAAAGAGUCACAGAUGAAAGAGACAUACCAUACGCCAAAACAAAGCAAAAGCAGAAAACUCUCCAGCUUUAAUGACCUUGAGGACGAUUCUCACUCUCAAACAGAGGACGAUUCUACAUAUGUUGAACCCCUCUCUUCACAUCAUUACCACAAUUGGCAAAUAGCCACAGGACUAUCAAGUGAUGAUGAUUCUCAUGGAUACCAAAAUGUGAUUGGGACAAUCAAAAGCAAUCGACUUUUGGCAGAUGAAGACAUCUACGAGAACAACCUAGCAAUUCAGAUAUGGAAGCAGGCACAGAUUUCAGAAAGCGACAGUGCUAAUUGUGAAGAAGAAGAAUCGAUUUACAUCAAUACAGAACAAUAUAGCAGGCAGUAUCUUUCCACCUGUGAUUGAAAUCUUCCAAGGGCCGAAAUCCAAAAGGAAUGAAAGCAUCCCAACACCAACAUGCCAGAAGACAGGAUAACAACACUGAAAUGGCUUACAGGAUUGUUUUACCCUUGUUCUUUCCACAUCUUCCUGGCCCUACUUGUCAGCAUCUGUUAUUUCUGACUUACUUUGCAGUCCUUAAUAUAAUUUAUCACAAUCUCCCAGAGAGUGAAUCUUGCUUUGGCAAUAUUUAUGAGGCAUGUAUGGACUUUAGGAUAAUUUUUAGAAAUCUGCAGAAACGACAAGCCUCUACAUCAUUAAAUAAAUAAAAUGUGAAUAAGU